AUGGCGGCAAACUACUGGGAAUCGACCCAGCGCAAGUUCUGGCAGUUCACGAAGGAGGAGCUCGCUGCGAUCCGCCAGCGACUUGACGAUGCCGACAAGGAGCUGGUCCAGAUGUUUCCCCUGCCGCAGAUGCGGCACCUCAACAUCUACUUCAAUCAACAGAUCAACCGCCUAGGCAAGCGUCUCGGCGUCCGCCAACAAGGGAUGGCCACAGCACAAGUCUACAUCAAACGCUUCUACACGCGUGUCCAGAUUCGCCACACAAACCCAUACCUCGUCAUAACGACCGCUCUCUACCUCGCCUGUAAAAUGGAAGAAUGCCCCCAACACAUCCGCCUGCUCACCCAAGAAGCCCGCUCCCUCUGGCCGUCCGACCUCCACGGCCACGACGCCUCGCGCGUCGGCGAGUGCGAGUUCAGCCUCAUCUCCGAAAUGAACUCCCAGCUCAUCGUGCACCAACCCUACCGCACACUCUUGGCCGUCCAGGAAGAGUUCGGCCUAACCCAUGACGAGACGGCCCUCGCGUGGACGGUGAUCAAUGACCAUUAUAUGACCGACUUGCCUUUGUUGCACCCGCCGCACAUUGUCGCCUUCACAGCAAUCCUCCUUGCGCUGGUGCUCCGCCCCAGCGGAGGCAGCGGCAGCAGGGAUAGUAGCACGGGCCCCGGGCCAGCCGGCACCGGAUCAGCCGUCGGAGUUGCGACAGGCCCUAACGCGCCACAGGGAGUUGCACUUGCCGCAUCGGCGCUCGCCCAGGCGCAGGCCCAACAGGCGCAAGCCAGGGCGGCCGUGAUGGCAGGCGGAUCUCAGGGGGCAGACGGUAUGGGCGGAGCCUCGGGUGUUGGGCAAGCGGCUGGCAGCGAGCAGCCCAAGAAGGCCACAGACCCUAGGCUGGCUAAGGUCCAGCGGUUCGCACAGUGGCUUGCCGACAGCAAUAUUGAUAUCGACGCCAUGGUAGACUGCACACAGGAGCUGAUCUCGUUUUAUGAGUGCCAUGAGCAAUACAAUGAUAAGCACACGCGGGAGCAGAUCAGUCGAUUUAUUAAGGCUAGGGGGUUGGAUAAAUGA